GCAGCAGGCGAAGACAAAGAGUGGGAUGCAAUAAAAAACACAACAAAAAAAAAAAUAACCAAAUCAAAAUUAAAAAAGAGUUUAAUAAAUAAAAUUAGAGGAAAUUUAAUAAUCCAAAUCGCUAGCGCUUUAAAUAUGUGGACACGUUGCCUGUUACUUUUUGCCUACGCGUCAUGCCUUUGGACGCACGGCGCCGCUGUCAAGUAUGGCGAAACGCCGAAUAGCAGCGAAGUGGCGCCCCCACCGCCUGCAAUACCCGCCAUACAGUGGACGGGUGGGCAAUUUGAGUUUCCCGGCUCAUCGCGUUCGCUCUUCCGCAGCUCCGGAAAGUUCAUAUCGAAAAAUGUGAUUGCGACGCGUGCACAGAUUGUAGGCGAUACGGUCUUUCUUGCGCUGCCACGCUACAAACACGGUGUGCCAGCGACGCUCGUCAAGACCACCAUGAAGCCGGGCGCUUGUCAAGCUAAAUUUUCACCGUUUCCCUGCUGGGAUAUGCAGGAUGAUAGCACCUGCAAAGGUUUUCAAUCGGUAGUCGAUUUGGUGGUUGAUCAAAAUGAGGUGCUCUGGGUGUUGGACACGGGCAUUGUGAACACACUCGAAACGCCGGAACGUAAAUGUGCCGCAAAAGUGGUGGCGCUCUCCGUAAAGACUGGCAAAGUGUUGAAAUCAAUUUCCUUAGAAGGUUUGACCUCACCAAACUCACGUCUGCAAUAUGUAGUGGUGGAUUACGCGCCCGACGGUAGCUGCUUCGUGUAUGUCAGCGAUGCUGCAAAUCGUGCCAUACUCGUUUAUAACCUACAAGCCGAUCGUGGUUUUCGCGUGGUAUUACCGAAGGCUGUCUCUUCGGGUUGUCGCGCUCGUGAUGUGCUCUAUAUUGCGUUGAUACGUAGGGAUUGUGGCACAACAGAGUUGUAUUUCACCUAUCUGAGCACAAAUCAUCUCUUCUCACUGCAAUCGGAGUAUUUGCGUAGUGGUGUGGCGGAUGGGCGUAUAAUGGACUUGGGCAAGAAACCCUCACGCAUGGUCAUUAUCGGCACGGAUAAUGGCUCGGCUAUAUUCUUCCGUAAUGAAGGCGAUGCUGAGGUCUAUCGUUGGGAUACCUCCACGCCUUUCACACAGUCGAAUUUCAAGCCGGUCUACCGCAGCGACACCUGUCAGUUGGCAACGCACGCUGUACCUGACUACAAUCGCAACACGAUGCGGGUGCUGCAGAGUAAUUUCCCAGAUUAUAUGCAGAAUCGGGUUGGUUGCGGUGCCAUACAACAGUUAUCUGUUAUGCAGGGCUGUUGGUAGUAAAUAGAAGAAAGUAGUCAAGGCAGAAUUAAGGAAAUUUGUGUUCCAUUGGUGAUGGGUAUUGAAUAGUUAGGAUUAAUAAGUGAUUUAAGUAUUCGAAAUAUAUUUUUUCAUAAUUAUUUAUAUGAC